AGAGCAAAGAGGAGUGAGAAAGAAAAGAGAGAGGGAGGCAGAGAGAGAGACAGAGAGAGCCCGAGGAUGGGGACGCUGGAAGAACUUGUAAGGCCAACCGCAGAAUAACGACUCUCCUAAGGACAUCACGUACAGCCUUGGAAAUAGCAGCGGUCAUUAAGCACCUUCACACUGGCUUGUCAGGCUGGAGUAGCCAGGCCUUUGCACGCCUUCCUGAAAUACACUCAGUGUGCUGUUUCUUUGCUCCUGUAUUACUUGUCCCCCACUGGGCGACUUGCUUCACUCCUUCGCACACAAGCUCUGCUUCCCGAGCUUACCGAUGGCGGUCUGGCCAGACAGAACCGCGGCCCUUCCCCCUCCCAGCGGUGGGAAACGAUUCUCUGGGAUGCCUUGGCAGGGACCUGGGAUCGAUGCAGCAGCCACAGGAGCAGAGAGCGGCCGAAUUCCGAUUUUCAAUGCACACUCCCUUAAAUAAAGAGGGAAGCCCUCUGCUGGUGAUUGACCUGGACUGAAGAGAGAGCAGCUGGUUCUGGUCGGAGACAGGAGGUUGUGCCAGAACUGGACCUCUCCCAGGCACACAGUCCGUCUCUGCACAAAGCCCCUGAAUUCCAGAUUGUGUUUCUGUUCACCCAUUAUUAACACAUACAGCUCAUCCCCUCAAAAAUAAAGGGACAACCCAGUUAACCAGAAGCACUCCUGCCACACACUGCAGUUUCUGCUUAGUGCUUCACACCACAGUCAGCUCCUCUGGCUCAUCUCCAUGUCGAGGCUGCGUGUCUAAUACCUACACCUGUACAUAUUUCACUACAAAGAGUCUGAAGCCCUCGUCAUGGAGAGGGGCGCCUCUGGAGCUAAAGAGACGGACCCCUGCUUUGGCCCCGCUGGUGCUGUGGGCUCAGCAUCACACUGGCCCUGCGCGGCCCUGCCUGCUGCCCGUGGUCUCCCUGUCCACACGCUCUGCCUCUCAGCACCUGUUUCUGUACUCUCUCUCCCUGCCUACAGAGCACAGACGGGGGGGCUGGGAAAGGGUUGGGUGGCCUCCUCCCUGUCAGCCCCCCACCUCUCGCGGGCUGCGACUGGGACCACAGGGCUGCCACUCGUGGCUGCGCUCCAAUAGGCUCGGGCGGAUUGCGUGUGCGGCGCGCGGGCACCUCCAAACGCACAGCGCUCAGCAUCACAGCGGUCCCUCUGCUAGGGAGACAAGGGGCGGUCGGCACGGAAACAGCACAGCUCCAGUCAGUCCACAGCACCCCACCCCCUCCCUCGCGCUCUCGCUCGCCCUCUCUCUCUCGCCUGCCUCUCACCGCCUCAGCUUUCUGUCUCACUCCCCAUUCCUGCUCGAGCAGAGAGAGGAACACUGGACUCUUGCACCUUUCUCAUCACAGGCUUUUUGGGACUGUUGCUUUUUCCUGGGGCUUUUUUUCCUUGAGGGAGUCAGACCAAAGCUGGAUUUAUUUAUCUUGAAGGGAUUCUGAUUUUCACAGCACAACCUGCAGCUGCUUCUCCUUUUUUAAUGUGUUAAUCCAACCUUCUCCCUCCCAUCCCCAUCCCCCCCUCCUUCCAUCCCUCCCGUACUCAUUCACUCACUCACACAGACACACACAGACACACACACCCUCCUCCCCGGCUCCUCUGUGCAGAAUUUCCUAACUGCUCGGGAGCUACUGAGAGAGAGGAAGCAGCACAGUAAAAACCGCUACCACACACACACACGCACGCGCGCGCAGAGGAUGCUGCUGCUGCUGCUGCCUGGCUGAGCGGAGCUUCUCCCCGACAGCGCGUGUGCACAUGAGGCGCGGACGGCUGGAGGACGUGGAAACGGGAGGAAUCGACCCUGUCCAGAAACAAGACGGAAAGACAGUGUGAGGCUCCCUCUACCACCAGCUAUUCUGCUGCUGCUCAGAGCACAUCCCCCGAUCUCCACGGAGACCAGGAGACACACAGAGGAAGGAGAGAGGGAAGAGAGUGGGGAGAGGGCCGGCGGAUGAGUGCGGAGCCAGGGCCACAGGCAGGAAGGGCUGUGGAGUAGCCAUGCUGGAGGGGCACGAGGAGAGUCAUCUGUACCCAAACACAGGGCUGCCACGCAGGAGCCACCCGGCCUUUUGCUGACCAGAAUGUGCUGCUGCCUGCUCAGGAGAGAGAGGGCCAUGAUAUGACAUCUCCUGAAGACUGGACCAAUCACCGGCUGCCGAGCACCGUCGUUCCCCCCUGCAGGGCCCAGGCCAGGUGGAGCAGCCCCUGUUUACCCAUCAGGCCCCGGAUAACUGUGUGCUUUGCAAGAUAAGGAAGAAGCACCUGGCUCCAGGUCUGUAAAAAAAUUAUCCCAACUCUACCUGUCUGCUUCAAUCAUUUCCAGAGCUGCUUCGGAAAGUGGAAGGGGGAGGAAGAAGAAACCCGAAAGCAGAGGACGGGGAGCUCUUCUUUCUUACUUACAGAUAACAGGGGAGCAGGGAGAAGGAGGAGGAAGAAGGGAAGGAACGAGGCGAGGCUGCUGCUCCUGCCGCAAUUCCCCUUUCCACUCCUCUCCCCUGUGUCACAUUCACAGCCCAGCUGCUCCACUGCCGUGCCGGGUCUGAAACUGCCUCUGCUUCACCCCUCCACCCCUACCCCAGAGAGGAUCAUGGGAUGUCGUCAAAGCUCUGAGGAGAAGGAGGCCGCGCGGCGAUCGCGGCGGAUCGACCGGCACCUGCGCUCAGAGAGCCAGCGGCAGCGGCGGGAGAUCAAGCUGCUCCUGCUGGGCACCAGCAACUCGGGCAAGAGCACCAUCGUCAAGCAGAUGAAGAUCAUCCACAGCGGCGGCUUCAACCUGGAGGCCUGCAAGGAGUACAAGCCGCUGAUCCUGUACAACGCCAUCGACUCGCUCACCCGCAUCAUCCGCGCGCUGGCCACGCUCAAGAUCGAGUUCCACAACCCCGACCGCGCCUACGACGCCGUGCAGCUGUUUGCGCUGACGGGCCCCGCCGAGAGCAAGGGCGAGAUCACGCCAGAGCUGCUGGGCGUCAUGAAGAGGCUGUGGGGCGACCCGGGCGUGCAGGAGUGCUUCAGCCGCUCCAACGAGUACCACCUGGAGGACAACGCCGCCUACUACCUGAACGACCUGGACCGCAUUGCCGCUCCCGAGUACAUCCCCACUGUGGAGGACAUCCUGCGCUCGCGGGACAUGACCACGGGCAUCGUGGAGAACAAGUUCACAUUCAAGGAGCUCACCUUCAAGAUGGUGGACGUGGGCGGCCAGCGCUCUGAGCGCAAGAAGUGGAUUCACUGCUUCGAAGGCGUGACAGCCAUUAUCUUCUGCGUGGAGCUCAGCGGCUACGACCUCAAGCUGUACGAGGAUAACCAGACGUCCCGGAUGGCGGAGAGCCUGCGCCUCUUUGACUCCAUCUGCAACAACAACUGGUUCAUCAACACAUCGCUCAUCCUCUUCCUCAACAAGAAGGACCUGCUGGCAGAGAAGAUCAAGCGCAUCCCGCUGACCGUCUGUUUCGCCGAGUACAAGGGCCAGAACACCUACGAGGAGGCGGCCGUCUACAUCCAGAGGCAGUUUGAGGACCUCAACCGCAACAAGGAGACCAAGGAGAUCUACUCGCACUUCACCUGCGCCACCGACACCAGCAACAUACAGUUCGUGUUCGACGCUGUAACGGACGUCAUCAUCCAGAACAACCUGAAGUACAUCGGGCUGUGCUAGGAGGGGGUGGGAGCCGCCGCCGCUGCCCGCUGCUGCUGUCGCUAACGCCACUGCCGCCACGCCGCACCCACGACCGCCGGGCACACGGCACAGAACAAGCAGGGACUGGGGAAACCGGCCAGGACGCGUCUGGACAGAGACUUGACACACACACACACGCGUGCUCGCUUUCGUAUCGUUUGGGAAAAAGGACUGGGGUGACGCGAUAAGAGGGGCUGAGAACGAGAAAACUGGACUUCUGCACCGCAAAUACACACACUGCAGAUACACACACUGCAGAUACACAAUCACACACUGCAGAUACACACUCAGCAGAUACACACUCACA